UGGGGCAUGUUGUUUUGUGUGGUGCUGGAGUCUGUGAGUGAGACGCUGACACACUGAUCUGCUGUCAUGCUGUGGUUCGCUGCUGCUCUGGGAUCAGUGGUGUUGUGUGUGUCGAGCUGCUUCACGUCACCACAGAUGAUUCCAGAUCAGGGUUCAGGCCUGACGAGCGUUAAGAAGAUUAUGAUUGACUCUUGAUCUCUGAAUGGACUGCAUUCAAACACAGAAGCUACGGUAAGAAGAGCUUCGCUCUAUAUUACAGUAAAUGUAUUGUUGCAUUGGUAUUAUCUGAUGUCAGGGUUGUAUCAGCAGAUGAAUGAAUCAGGCCUCGGUAGUUACACUGGAAUACUGGGAGACAGUGACGACAGCGAUGACGAUCCAAACUCGAAGAACCUGCUGGCGGCUUCCUGGGAGAGUUUAUCCAUCAUGGACCGCCUGGGAUUAAAGAGCAGCGUGGAGAUGACGGAGGAGGAAGUGGAGAGCGCGUUUACCCAGAUUGCAGUGGGGUUUCACUGCGACCAGUACACGCUGACCCAGCGGCUGCAGGCGGAGCGACACGACCGCAGCGUCGCAGAGGAGAACCUGCAGAGAGAGCUGAGACAGAGCAAAGAGAUGCUGCAGGUGUUGUAUGAGCGCCUACAUGAGGUGGACAGCAAAAAGAUGGUGCAGCAGAUGGAGAACAACCUGCAGAUGCUGGAAAGCAACAUGGACAACGUCCUCAAAUCAGCAGAGAUGCUCGGAGCUGCACACCAGGAAGCGCGUGUCAGCAAUGCAGUAGAGCUGAUGUCAGUGCACGUGGAGCAUCUCAAGAGACGUCACGCUAUAGAGAGCGAGGAGAUGCUGGAGGUCAGAAAGCUGCUGCACAGGAGGAAGGGCCGAUUGCACAGUGACUCCACAGAUGACCGAGACCUGUUCAGAUAUUCAUCACAACAGCCGACACGUCGCAGGGUCAGCAUCACCUUCCUCCCCACUCAGUCUGAGCUGAAGCAUCUAGAGGCUUCGUUUCUGGAGAACUGCAAAGCUAGUUUGGAUGCAAAGAAGCCGCAAGCAGACAGGAGACAGGAAGUAGUUCCAGAAGAUUCUCCCGCGAGCAGUCUAAACCAAGACGAUGACGUGGACAGCAGUGUGUUUCAAAGUGCAACGCGAAUCACGUCGCUGCGCCAUCGCCGUCAUUAUUAUCCUACAGGAAGUUCAUUUGAGGGGGAGGAGUCAGAACAAGGGGAGGAGUCCAACCCUGAGCUAUGUCUCGCACCACAACGGCGCCCCCUAUUGUCCUGGAGGUCUCACUACAGAUGGAUCGUCCGAAUGAUUUUGCUUGUAUUCGGUCUGAUGAUGCUGAUGGCAGCUGUUUUAUAUGUAGUCGUGAGUGUUUUAUGAAUCCCUGAUUGUGGUUAUUUGAUCUUGUAGGACUAGUUUAGCUAAAAAUAAACAUUCUGUCAAA